AUGGGUAACUGUCUUGAUUCUUCUGCUAAAGUUGAUGCAGCUCAAAGUUCUAGAUCCACUUCUGGAAUUUCGAAAACUACUCCUUCUAGUUUAACAAUUCCAUCAUACAGUGACAAAAGCAAUUCCUCUAGUCUUCUUCCAACACCGAGGUCUGAGGGUGAAAUCUUGUCUUCUCCUAAUCUUAAAGCGUUUACAUUCAAUGAGCUAAAGAAUGCUACAAGGAAUUUUCGACCCGAUAGUCUUCUUGGUGAAGGUGGAUUUGGUCAUGUUUAUAAGGGAUGGAUUGAUGAACAGACUUAUACGGCUGCUAAACCUGGAUCGGGAAUGGUUGUUGCUGUGAAAAGACUUAAGCCAGAAGGUUUUCAAGGUCAUAAAGAAUGGUUGACCGAGGUUAACUAUCUAGGACAAUUGCAUCAUCCUAAUCUGGUUAAACUAAUUGGAUACUGCUUGGAGGGAGACAACAGGCUUUUGGUAUAUGAGUUUAUGCCUAAAGGAAGCUUAGAAAAUCACUUGUUUAGAAGAGGACCACAACCACUGUCUUGGCCAGUGAGAAUGAAAGUGGCUAUUGGUGCUGCAAGAGGCCUCUCUUUUCUUCACAAUGCCAAAUCACAAGUCAUAUACCGCGAUUUCAAAGCUUCUAACAUCCUUUUGGACGCGGAGUUUAAUUCGAAACUAUCCGAUUUUGGCUUGGCUAAAGCUGGUCCUACCGGUGAUAGAACUCAUGUGUCUACUCAAGUUGUUGGUACUCAAGGAUAUGCAGCACCUGAAUAUGUUGCAACUGGUCGGCUUACGGCUAAGAGUGACGUAUACAGCUUUGGAGUUGUUUUGCUUGAACUUUUAUCAGGAAGACGCGCAGUGGACAAGACAAUAGCUGGCGUGGACCAGAAUCUAGUAGACUGGGCAAAACCAUAUUUAGGCGAUAAACGAAGACUAUUCCGAAUCAUGGACUCAAAACUAGAAGGCCAAUAUCCACAAAAAGGAGCAUUCAUGGCUGCUACACUUGCUCUUCAAUGCCUUAACAGAGAAGCUAAAUCAAGGCCUCCAAUGAUAGAUGUUUUAGCAACUCUUGAACAGAUAGAAGCUCCUAAACAAGCAGCCCGGAUUUCUCUAUCGGAACAACAGAGAGUUCAUGCUCCGGUGAGAAGGUCUCCUGCACGAAACCGAACGCCUUUAAAUGUAACUCCUACUGCAUCGCCACUGCCGUCUGUUAGGCAAUCUCCUCGCGCGCAUUAG